AGAGAGAGAGAGAGGGAGGGGAAGAGAGGGAGAGGGGAGAGGGGCACAAACAGAGAGAGGGGGCAGGCGGUGGAAGAAUUUACACGAGAAAAGUUCACUAUCUCGUACGGAAUUGUACAGUUCUGUUAAUACCGAAACUCGUGGAAGGAUUUUAACUUUAAACUGGCAAAAAUGAGACUUUCGCCCUUGCUGUUGUUUCCAGGGAUUUUUGUCUGUGCACUUUUCCCUUUGACAAACUGUGAAGAGCAGCAAAUCCCUGAAGAGAAACUUCUAGUUGUGACAGUUGCAACCAAAGAGACUGAUGGCUUCAAGCGUUUCUUGGGGUCCGCUAAACACUUUAACUACACUGUCAAGGUUCUGGGUCGGGGUCAGAAAUGGAUGAGUGGCGACUACAUGUCCGGUCCAGGAGGAGGCCAGAAAGUACGACUCCUUAAAGAGGCUCUGGAGGAGAUGAAGAAUGAGGACAAAGUCAUCCUUUUUAUCGACAGCUACGAUGUGGUUUUCGCCUCGGGUCCCAAAGAGCUGCUCAAGAAGUUCCAACAGGCCAGACACAAGGUGGUGUUCUCCUCUGAGAGCCUGAUCUGGCCCAACAGACACCUGGAGGACAAAUACCCCCACGUCAUCGUUGGCAACAGGUUUCUAGGCUCAGGAGGUUUCAUUGGCUACAUUCCCAACAUUAAAGAAAUGGUUGCUGACUGGACAGGAAAAGAUAAUGACAGUGACCAGCUGUUCUUCACUAAGAUUUACAUUGAUCCAGUUAAAAGGAAAUCCAUAAAUAUCACACUGGACAGCAAAUGCAGAUUGUUCCAGAACCUUCAUGGAGCCCUCGACGAGGUGGUGCUGAAGUUUGAGGAUGGGCGGGUACGAGCCAGAAAUGUGCUGUAUGAUACCCUGCCAGUCGUUAUCCAUGGGAACGGACCAACCAAGCUCCAGAUCAACUACCUGGGUAACUACAUCCCCAACACAUGGACAUUUGAGACAGGAUGCACAGUGUGUCACCAGGACCUCCACCCACUGACAGCUCUUAAGGAGAGUGAAUACCCUCUGGUGGUCAUUGGUGUCUUCAUUCAGCAGCCCACCCCCUUUGUGACGAUGUUCUUUGAACGGCUACUAAAGCUCCAAUAUCCCAAAAACAGACUCAAACUCUUCAUCUACAACCAGGAAGCUCAUCACGAGCGUCACAUCAGCUCUUUCCUGAAGGAGCAUAGAAGCCUUUAUCAGGAUGUCAAAGUCGUCGGGCCUGAAGAGGAGAUGGACGAAGCUGCCUCCUGCAACAUGGGCUUUGACAUGUGCCGGAAGGACAAGGACUGUGACUAUUUCUUCCUCUUGGACAUUCAAGUGGUCUUAAAGAAUGAGAACACACUUAAAAUUCUCAUUGAACAAAACCUGCCUAUUGUGGCACCGAUGCUAACUCGAGUUGGUCGACUGUGGAGCAACUUCUGGGGAGCCCUGAGUGCAGAAGGCUACUACGCCCGGUCGGAGGACUACGUGGACAUAGUUCAAGGACGCAGAGUGGGUGUGUGGAAUGUCCCGUACGUGUCCAGCGUGUACCUGGUGAAGGCCAGCCUGCUUCGAUCGGAGCUCGCAGACUACGAGCUGUUUAACUCAAACACCUUAGACCCCGACAUGGCUUUCUGCCACAACAUCCGCGACAAGGGAAUCUUCAUGUACGUAACCAACAUGCACACUUUCGGCCGCAUCCUGUCAACAGACAACUAUCAGACGAGCCAUCUUCAUAAUGAUCUGUGGCAGAUCUUUGAAAACCCUGUGGACUGGCAGGAGCGCUACAUUCAUGAGAACUACACUUACAUCAUGAAAGACAAGCUGAUUGAAAAUCCUUGUCCCGAUGUGUACUGGUUCCCAAUUUUCUCUGAUGUUGCUUGUAACCACCUUGUUGAAGAAAUGGAACAUUACGGGAAAUGGUCAGGAGGAGGCAAUAAGGACACCAGAAUCCAAGGUGGCUAUGAGAAUGUCCCCACUAUCGAUAUCCACAUGAAUCAAAUCAACUUUGAAAAGGAAUGGCACAAGUUCUUACUGGAGUAUAUAGCACCAAUAACGGAGAAAAUGUAUCCUGGUUACUACACAAAGUGUGCCUCUCCCCUGAACUUUGUGGUGAGGUACAAACCGGACGAGCAGCCCCUGCUCGCCCCUCACCAUGACGCCUCCACAUUCACUAUUAACAUAGCUCUCAACAGCAAAGACAUUGACUACCAGGCUCAGUUUGAGUUGGCCUUUGUAGUUAGAUAUAAGCCAGACGAGCAGCCGUCUUUGAGACCGCACCAUGAUGCCUCCACUUUCACUAUUAACAUUGCGCUCAAUCAAGUGGGCCCUGAUUACCAGGGUGGAGGGUGCAGGUUCCUCCGCUACGACUGCUCCAUCCAGGCUCCCCGUAAAGGCUGGAGCCUCAUGCACCCGGGCCGCCUCACCCACUACCACGAAGGCCUGCCCACCACCGCCGGCGUGCGCUACAUCGCCGUGUCCUUCGUGGAUCCCUGAAGAUGGCGUCACAUCACCGGCGAGUCCAGACCAAACAGGACGCUCACACGGGCUGCACCCUUCAGCAUCCCAGCGCAGCCUCGUCUUCUGAUCUGGAGCGGUGGCCGGCGCUCUUUUCAUUAGUUCAUUUGCUUUUCUUUUUUAAAGCCCCAAAAGAUAUCGGUUCUGUCUAAAGAAUUAUAGACAAUUCAUGAUUUUCAUCAACCUAUUAGCAGUAGAGAAUCAGUGCCCCAUGAUACAUAAUGGAACA